UAUUGUACCUCGGCAUUGUUAAAAAAAAGGUUGCAUCGUCCUUAAUUAAUCACUGAUUUAAUGCACCAAUCAGAAAGCACGCAGCGAGUGACGCAAAUCAGACGCACAAGGUGUUACAGGUGCAUCUCUUUUGAAAACGUUGUUGUUGAGCGCAGAGGGACAGAGAGGCUGAAUGGACAUUAUGGGGACAUUAUGCUUUGAGAAUGACCGAGCAGAGAAAAGAAGGGUAUCGUGGGAACAAUUACUCACAGUAUCCCGUUCAGACAGGUGCACGCUGCAGCAUAGUCCACGACUUUGAAGAUGCCAGAUCAGGAAGUUAGGAGGAAUAGGAGGGGUUCUGAUGAAAGAGAAGUGGAGGACCAGCGAAAGAUGGAGCACACCUUUGUGUUGUUUUCCUUGCCCCUCUUCCUCUCCCCUCCCUCUUCAGCCUCACUAGUUUUCCCUCUGCUCUGUCCGAUGUGCUCAGACUGUGGCUAGUGUGCGAACCGAAGGCGUGCAAAGGGCGAGAUGCUGCUGAUGCUACAGCUGUUUGGGCUCCAUGUCUCCUUCAGGGCCCACUGAAGAAGACGAAACUGCACGUGAGCCGGGGAACUUCAAUACAACACUCUGAGGAAGCUACAACUGUCACUUUUUACCCUGUUUUCCUCAGCAGCCAGUUGCAUUUUCAAGACUCUGGAGUUGAGCUUUUAAAGACUUGGAGGAAAAAAACAAAAACAAUGAGGACCCAGUUGUGUCAUCUGGCUGCACAGCUCUUUCUCUUAGGAGUGUGGCUAUCUGUGGUGGACAGUAAAGGAACUUUCUACGGGGGCCAUGGGGGCCAUGUCAACCCUUUCUUUGGAAACAGAUACAACCUGUACAAGGCUGGACUCAACCCUCACCAUUCACCAAACAAGCCCAUGACCCGUCACAAAAACCACUGCGCCUACGUGGUCCAGAAGAACAUCUCAUGCACCAUGCAGGAUGGAGUGUCGACCUACGUGAAGGCCGAGUACACCACCAAGUGCAUCUGGGGUCAGAAGUGUCCUGUUGUCAUGUACAGGACGUUCUACAAACCAAAGUACAAGGUGGGUUAUAAAACGGUGACCGAGCUGGAGUGGAGAUGUUGUCCCGGCUACUCUGGAGAAAGCUGCUAUGAUGGACCCACGUCGCUGCCUGACGUCAUGAUACCACCUUUCAAGGGCGGCGGUUUGCCCCAUCGCCCGGGGGUGAAGGGCUUCCCCCAUGGCCCUAGACCCCCCGUGGACCACAGGCCUGGAGGAGGCCAGCUGGAGCCUGGCAGACCCUUCCCCGGCGUGCCUGACCACAGACCAAUACCCUCAGGACAUGUGCCUGCUGGUGGUGGAAGACCAAACUAUGGAAACAAAUUUGGGGUUUCAGGAGUGACCGGUGAACGUUUGGACCGCAUGGAGGACGACCUGCGUCGCCUUACCCAGGGCCUGGACACUCUCAACGGGGUGGUGGCGGGCCUCGAGGAGCGACUGCGCACGUCUCUCCGGGAAGACACCAACAAAAUCCUGGUGUCCCUGCUGCCAAACCCUCCCCGCGUGUCCGACUCUGCAGUGGGAUUCGGGGUGAUCCCAGACGGGACUCCUGAUAGACUGGAUGGAGGAGAACGCUUCCCUGGAUUUGGAGACUUGGCAGGGAGGGUGACAGAAGUGAAGGAUGACCUGCGAGCCAAAACUCACAUCUUAGAAGAGAUUCAGGGGAUGGUCCUGGGUCAUGACGGCCAGCUGAAGAGCCUGUUGGAAGGAGCUCGAGGGAGGCCCAUCCCCGGCCCCAGCUCCACCGUUUACCUGGAUGAGAUCCUCGAUACCAAGCUGGCCAGCGUGCGGGCUGAGAUCCUGGACGGCUUCGAGCGCCGUCUGACUGGCCUGGAGAGCCACUGUGACGAGAGGAUCGGGGCGGUGCAGAACCAGUGCCACAGGGAGCACAUGGAUGGCCAGGAGCAGAUGCAGCAGUCUCUGGACGGAAGAGAGACCGGGCUAAGGGAGGAGUUGGGCUCUUUGCAGGCUCAGAUCCAGGGCCUGACUCUCACUGAGAGCUGCUGUGGACAGGUGAACAGUCUGUCCCAGCGUGUGCUGAUGCUGGAGGAGUCAGUUAAAGGUUUGACAGAAUCUCAGAGACAGCUCCAGACCGCCCUCGCCGACCAGACCAUACACGUGGAGACGCUGAUCGAGACCCGCCUGGUGGACAUAGAGGGCCGCCUCAACGCCACAGAGGGAUAUGGAGUAAUGGGGCUCCCUGGCGGUCUGGACGGCUUCAAGACCAUGCUAGAGGACAAACUGAAGACCCUGGAGGAGAGAGUGUUUGUGGCCGUUGAGGAGCUGAGUAACGCCACCGUUCCGGCGCUCCUUGAGGGUCAGGUGGUCCCGGCGCUGGAGACGGAGAUCGAGUCUGUGAGGAGGAGAGUGGAGGGAGACCUGGAUGGCAUUCAGAAACAGUUAAUAGACCUGGAGCUCCUCUGCACCUCCUCUUGCCCGCCCUCCACCCCGCCAGCAGGGGGUGUCAGUGGCACUCAAGUAGAGGAGGAGUGUGAGGGGAUGGGGAAGAUGAACAAUCGCCUGGACACCCAUUCUAACCAGCUGGACCGCCUAAACAACACCCUGAUGAACCUGCUCUUCCAUAUCGCCCAGGAGGACACGGAGGGCACCGUUCAAGGAGAGAUCACCCUGCUGAAGGUCAACAUUAACUCUGUGAACCGCACUCUGAAGGGCCUAAAGGACUCUCUUAGAUUCAUCGCAAGUGAAGUGGGGCACGCUAACGCCUCCUGGGUGCAGAGGGAGCACCAGAUAGUCAACCAGGUGCAAGGGAUCUCCAAACUAGUGGGCCACCAGGCCUCCCUCCUGGGGGCCGGGGACAGGCGGCUGGCCCAGCUGAAGGGAGAGCUGGUGGCCCUGAAGAGACGGCUGGCCGGGGAGCUGCAGGGCUGCCGGAGCACGGCGAUAGAAGUGCAGAAGGAGGUGAAGAACGUUGAUAGCAGGGUGAGCCACGUAGAGGGCCAGUGCAGCAGCCUGGGGGAGCUGGCGGAGCACCUGGAGAGGAUCAGGGCGGAGCUCGAGAGACACUCGGACUCCUAUCUGGCCGAUGUGAAUGGCACCCUGGCCGUCCAUUCAGAACAGCUAGCUGAGCUGAAAGGGGAGGUCAAAGACUGCAACAAGGAAGCAGCCAACCAAAAAUGAGACCAGUAGCAUCUGAGCUACAGAUAUUUUUUUUUCUUCAAAAAGAGACUUAUGUGUGCUUCUCAUUAGGCUCAAGUGACUUCCUCUGCUUCUCUCCUCUCUCUUUCAAAUCCCAUCAGCACAGAUGCAAAUUAACUGAACCAGCGAAAGUCAUUUCCCGUAAGCCCCCCCGUCCCCAGUGCCUCCAGAUGUCGCGGGUAUUCAGUUUAGUGAAGUGAGGAGAGGAAGACAGAAUACAAAGACACACCUAUGGUUGUAUAGAUGGGCAAUAUUUUCCCUUGAGAUUUUAUUCUAUAGGGCAUUUUUCGUUUUUUUUUUCCUCCGAUCAUGAUUGUUUUGUUUUCACAUUUUACUUUUUUUUUAACUUAUAUGAAGUGACUGCAUUGUUAUGAUGUUUGUAUUAGAGAAAUGAUUAAACAAAGGGGAUGAUAUGGGACUAAUACGCUGCUACGGGUUUCUACUGACAAGCACACUUGACAUCCUCUGUGUGGACACUCUUGUCUGGUACUGUACGUCAACUUGGUGCUAUUUACAUUUUUGUAAACGUCUGUGUUACACAUGUUUAAAAAAUGAUGUGUAUUUCUGCUUCGACAGUUGUGUUCGUUUCCUGCCGCAUUGCUUCAAGUUGCAUGGAAGUUCCAAAACUCACCAGUAGGGGACAGUGACAACACAUUACAUGGCAUGGUAGAUUAAAAGAAAUAAAAUCUAAAACACUACAGGGUGGCAGUGUUUUUUAGACACAAUUUUGGCAAUGUAGGCCUUUUUUCAUGUUAGUAGUUCAUUCAAUUCAAUGUAUUUUAAAUUAUAUGCAGCAGCUCGCCUAUGGAGUUGUUAUAGAGUUAUUGUGGUUAGCAAUCACAUAUUUCUUUGUGUUUUUAUUAAUGAACAAUAUUAACUCUAUACUCUCUGCCCAUUUAUUGUAUGUCAACAAACACAAUAAGUAAGGAGGAAAAAAAAGAAAAAAACACAAAUUACAAGGCUAACAAUUGAGUAAUGAAGCCCAAUAAAAGCAAUGAUCAAUGAA